AUGGCUUCACUGAACUCAAAUCGACGAGCACCAUUUAUCGUCAUCGAAGGAUUAGAUCGGUCGGGCAAGACGACACAAACAUCAAAGUUGCACUCGCGGCUCCAGCAGAAUGGGAUUGAAGCCAGUCUUCUCAAAUUCCCAGAUAGAACGACGGCUAUCGGUCAGAUGAUUGACUCGUAUUUGCGUUCGGCCUCAGAACUGGAUGACCGUGCCAUUCAUCUGCUCUUUUCUGCCAAUCGCUGGGAGCUUGCGACUACGAUUGAGAAGCUGCUAUUGGCAGGAACGCCUGUGAUCUGCGAUCGGUAUGCGUUUUCUGGCAUCGCGUUUUCGGCAUCCAAGGUCGAUUCUUUGGGCGAUCCGCUCCUUGCGUUUGAGUGGUGCCGGAGUCCAGACGUUGGGCUUCCAGCCCCGGACAUUGUGCUCUUCUUUGAUAUAACGCCUGAAAAGGCCAAAGAACGCGGUGGCUACGGAGAUGAGAGGUAUGAGAAAGAGGAGAUGCAGUUGCGGGUGCGAAAAGCUUUCCAUCGUAUCGGCGAAGAGAUGGCCGAGAGUGGAACUGGGACACGAUGGGUUUCUAUCGAUGCUGGACGAGAAAGAGAGGAGGUUGAGCUCGACGUUUGGGCCGUCGUCGACCCUCUCGUACGUCGCGGCGUUAUGGGCCCAAUCAACAAGCUGUGGUCCACUUGA